AUGUCUAUGUCAUCCACAAACCAGACAUCUCUGGCAUGUUUGGUUUUACUCUUCUUCUCAGCAACUUUGCUUUCACACACUGCAUCCCGGUUGCUCCCUGACAUUUCAAGCUAUGAGAGCCACGAGCAAUGGAUGGCUCGUUAUGGACGUGUGUACAAGGAUGCUGAUGAGAAAGAACGGCGUUCAAAGAUUUUCCAAGAGAACGUUCAGUACAUACACUCAUCCAACAAUGGCAUGAACAAAGGUUACAAACUAGCAGUCAAUGAGUUUGCAGACCUUACAAACCAAGAGUUCACAAGCACAAGGAACCGAUUCAAGGCACAUGAAUGUUCCGCAUCCACCUCUGCUUUCAGGUAUGAAAACGUGACAGCAGUUCCAUCAUCAAUGGACUGGAGAAAGAAAGGCGCAGUAACACCUGUUAAAGACCAAGGCCAAUGUGGGUCUUGCUGGGCGUUUUCAGCUGUGGCAGCUAUGGAAGGAAUAACCCAACUGACAACAGGUAAACUAAUCUCUCUAUCUGAACAAGAGCUCGUGGACUGCGACACCAGUGGUGUAGAUCAGGGAUGUGAAGGUGGUCUUAUGGAUGAUGCCUUUGAAUUCAUCCUAAAGAAUAAAGGCCUUACAACAGAGAGCAACUACCCAUACAAAGCAGUGGAUGGAACAUGCAACAGCAACGAGGCAUCAAACCAUGCUGCAACAAUUACGGGUCAUGAAGAUGUUCCUGCUAAUAGUGAAAGUGCGCUGUUGAAAGCUGUAGCCAGUCAGCCUAUCUCUGUGGCUAUUGAUGCAAGUGGGUCCGACUUCCAGUUCUACUCUAGCGGGGUGUUUAGUGGAGAAUGUGGCACGGAACUUGACCAUGGUGUUACUGCGGUUGGUUAUGGAACGACUGGUGAUGGAAGUAAGUAUUGGCUGGUGAAGAAUUCAUGGGGAACAAGUUGGGGUGAAGAGGGGUAUAUAAUGAUGCAAAGAGAUGUUGAUGCGAAAGAAAGAAUUUGUGGCAUUGCCAUGCAAGCAUCCUACCCCACUGCAUAA